AUGGAGGGAAACCUCAACACAACUCCUGAAUCACAAGCAAGAUCCAGGGAAACCCAGGAUGUUGCAACCAAAAGACCACGGAGGAGAAAUGAGCAACAGGCUUCAGAAAAUCCCAGCAGGAAGAUUUAUGAGAAGAAAAGGAGGAGAAGGAGAACCCGGAGGAGGAAGAAGAGCGUCUCGGAGGAUGAGGUGGAGGAGACGAGCAGCCCCGCUCGGGGAGACUUGUCUUCAAACGAGCAGCGUCUCCGGCCUGAAGACCGCUCACAGAAAGAAGAAUGUGUCCAACAACACCAGAAGGAUGCAAAGAUGGUGGAAGCUCAGACACAGACCAGAAAACACAACGGCAAAAACAAGUUCACUCAGACCCAAGUUGUUUUUCAGAAGAACCAGGAAACCCAGACGGACGUCCACGUGGCGACUCAGGGUGACACUCAGUCAGGCUCAGGGGGUCCUGCUGAGACUCGACACAAACCAGACACGCCUGGACCUCAAGUGCAAAACGCUGCUCGGACUCCGUUAAAGCUCAGUGAGCGUCCAGUCAAAGACGACGUGUCGUCACAGUCGAAACCUAAAGAGACCGGUCCGUCUUCAGGUGGGACCCGACCUGAAAAAGACGCCAAACCAGCGUCGUUUGCCGAAGUGGUGUCUGGAGACGGAGCAGGCGAUAAACAGCGCGGGGUGGGAACAUCCAGACCCGCUGAUCAAACAUCUCCAAACAGGCGCGACCGAAGCCCCGUCAGGCCCCCACCCGCAGCGCCCAGGUUCACCCUCCACGUGUACGCAGUGCUGGACAGAAAGUUUCGAUUCAACCACGAUCACGACAAGCUUGUGCUGUUCCACGAUGGAGGACGUUUACCUUUUGAAGUGACGUAUUUUCAUGGACUACACCAGGAAGGCUACCUGAUUGAAGCAAGUCUCUCGGUUGACGACGGCUCCUUCAGUCGAGGUUGUCACCUGACAUACCGGUUUGGUGUAAAGCAAAGAAAUAAAGAAGUUUUGGAAUUGGCCACAAGAUUUCUUGAAAUCCCACCAGAUCCAAUCAAUAAAGAACUUCAUCUUUAUGAAGGAUUCAUCUGCCACCGGGAUGUCCAAACGUUUCUUAAGACCAGCCUUCACAAAGUUGGACUGAGGAGGUCCACAGCUGAGGAGAUUUCAGACGCUUGGCAGACCGCAGCAACGGUUCUGCUGAACAGAAUCUUCCAGAAAUGGACUCCAUCAGACAAACAGAGCACUGACAGCCUUUGUCAGAACUUGAUGCAUUUUAUUUGGAGCUUCGGUUCUGCCCCAAACAGGAUGAGUUACCCGGACCACUCCCGGCCUCUCAUGGUCAAGGUGUCAGAGCUGAUUUCAGAGACUUUGGUUCAGAUCUUAAGAGGAGCACCAAGGGAGAAAGUCCCAGGCAGCUGCAGGAACACCAGUCCGCUGGUUCUGGGUCUGUCUGUCUUUAUGGUCACCAGAUUCUGUAACAUCAACCUCGGAGUUAAAGGCUGGGCUGACCUGUGUCUCCUGGUGUCCUCAAAGACCGCGAUGGACAAGAAGAACCAGGAGCAGUUGUCUGCGUCUUUCCCUAACCCACAACACACCGUGUUGGGUCUGAUCAACCUCUGCGUCCAGUUUAUGGUGGUGGAGCUGGUCCUGCUCCUUCCUCUGCUCUUCAGGCUCAGGCAGCCUGGAGCCGAUGCCACAAAACUGGGUCCGACUGUCGAGGAGGAAAACUGGUCCGCGCUCAACGGCGUCCCAUUCGUCAGAUUUAGAGAGCAGCUGCAGGUCCACCAGGACAAAAGAAGGAAGCUGCUCGCAAUCAUCCAGAAACACUUAGCAGCCGCUGAAGAGACGCCUCUGCUCCUGCAGAGCUGGUCGUCUCUGAUCGCUUCUGAUGACCUGUGUGCGUAUUCGGACCUGACCGGAGCCGCUUCAGAACACCUGAUCCAGAGUCUGCUGUACAGACUCCGCAGGUGUGCAGAGGAAACGGAUCUUAAGGACAGCAUAAUAAAGUUUGUUCAGAACGCUUUGAGCCACAUCCUGCUGAAGGUGGAGCGAGACAAGGACAGAAUGAUCGAGUCAGGAAACGUGCAGCCAGUGUUCCUGAGCAGCAUCAGCGUGGUGAGGACCGUCUGCAGGAUCGCUCGGGUCGUCCCGUGGUACCACGCAGUGGUCCUGUCCUACCAGCUGCUGCUGAAGAUGGCAGACAUCAUGGAAGUGAAGCUAAGAAGGGAGUCCAAAGAGGAAGAGUUUGAGCCGUUGAAGCAGAAGCUCCUGCAGGAGGUGUCAGCCGCGCAGCAGAGGAUCAGCGAGUGGAGAGACGACCUGCUGCAGAAACCUCUCAUGACCGACAAAAAGCUCAGCUACCCAAAGGAAGUCCAGCUGUGGGAUUCGCUGCUGAAAGCUGAAUGCUCCUCUGAAGAUGUCUCCUCCUGCUGGAAGGCGAGCCUGAAGAAAGACCUGAAGAAGAGGAUAUCUAAGCUCAGUGAUGAAGAUAAAGUUUUGCUCUGCUGCCUGGACUCGACUUCAGCAGCUGUGAGGGAAAGUCACGAUGACGUACAGGCCUGUUUCCAUGAAGCGUUUUACGUGGCCAUCAAGACGAUCUGCCAGAGAGGAGAGGAGGGAGACCUGAUGCGAGCGCUCGGCUCGAGGAUCAAAGAUCUUCCGGUUGUUUUCACGUCGGCUGUUGUGGUCGAGUCUGCAGCACGGUUCAGAGACAACGUGGUGGUCCAGCUGCUGGAUCCACAGUCCGCCUUGAACUUCCUGCUCUCCAACCGUGACUGGAGGUCCAUCCAGGUGGACGACACUGCAGGACAGGUGGUCCACAGCUGCGUGGAGGCUGUUAAAUCUCUCGUUGUGUCUCUGCUUGAAGGAAACGUGUCCCUUGGACACCUGCAGAUCUGCCUGAAAUACCAAGAGCAGUUUAAGAGACUGUACCUGCAGUACAAGAAGAACACAAAGUCGGUCGUCGUUCCUGUCGAUGCAGAGGUGAUUCUGACUCAGAGAGACACGGAUCUGAAGUCUUUCCUUCACCGCAAACAGGAAAUCAACACACUGAUCAAGAUGAUGGCAAAAGUUACAGAGAGCAUCACAGUUCCUGAGAUGUCGACUCUUGAGGAGCAGCACAGUGCGGACCUCCAUGCUGUGAGCCUGAGCCGACUGGUGCUGGUUCAGUCCUUCAGUGCAGACGGGAAGCUGCAGAAGACUGGUCCUCCACAGGUCAUCUGGUAUAAAACCAGCAUAAAUGUCCUCAAAAUGUCCUGUGAGAUGCACAAACUGCAUCACAGCAACCUGAUUCUGUCCUCGUGGGUAAAACACUCAGCAUCUUUAGCGUCAAUGAGGCUUCCCGCCCCACCCCCUGUCCAGGUGAGCCUCGCACAGAUCUGCGAGAACAUCUGGAACCCCGUGCUGAAGGAGUUCCUCCAGCUUGGCGUCAGCAUUGCCGAGGCGAAUGUCACGCUGGAGGAGCUCGAUCGGGUGUUGGUGGAAUCUGGUGACCGGGGUGACGGCACGCUGCUGAGGAAUGAGCUGAAUCUCGUGUUGGAGAUGGUUUCUGCAGCUGCAGAGGUUACCCCUGAGGAGAACUGUGUGGACUCGAGGCUGGCUCAGAUCCAGAAGUACCGCCAGCUUCACGAGGCAGCGGCUGCAGCCAGAGCCGUGCUGAGCAUCGCAGACAAGAUGAAGCUGACCGGAAACUUCUCCGCUAUCGACCCCCUCAGACAACUGGAUGAAGGCUCCUUUAAGCAGCGGCUCCUGCGGUCGCUCACUGACGACCUGUUUGAUGCCAGGCAGCAGCUCUCCACCGUCAGCAGGCGGCACACCGCAUGUCUGGAAGAGUUUCUGAAGAGCCACUCUCUGGUCCGCUGGGUCAAAGACAACCUUAAAACUAUGAGCGAUGUGAAGGUUUAUGUCGACCUUGCGUCGAUAUCUGCCGGAGAGAACGACGCGGAGAUCGACCAGGUGGCCUGCUUCCACGAUUCAGUGACGGGCUACGCUCCGCUGCUCUACUCCCUCUCCCCUCAGGCGGGCUUCAAGGACUUCAUGAAAUGUGCUCAGCAGGUGUGGGACGCCCAGAGCAGAGACGAGAGGCUCCCUGACAAGCUGAGAGAGUCGACUCGGUUGCUGGGCUGGCUGCAAGCGCUGAAGGAGACUCACGGCUCGGUGGAGCAGUCUUCGCUCUCUCUGGCCUCGUCCAUCAACGCUAACGGAGUUUAUCUCAUCGGGUGGUCUGACGAAAGCACGGAGAUGAGAUGCCUUCAAAACAUGGUGCAGGUGACGGUGAAGAGGGGCAGAGAGGAGAAGAGGUACAAGCUUGAAGUUCUGCUGGAGCUGCAGAAUAAACUCAUGCUCAUGUCUUCCAAAGGGGAACACGGCAGAGAGCAAGUCAACAGAUUCACGCAGGUUUUUGAAGGAGUUCAGAGAGUGGGGACCAUCCUACUUCAGAUGCAAACAUCUGGCAACAUGCUGUUCAGGAAGUGGUCCGCUGAGGUCCACUGCGGUCCGCAGCAGCGGUGCAUCACCAUCACCUUCCUGUCUCUGAGCGGGAGACAGAUGUCGUAUCAAGGUGAGGUGACGGAGCAGCUCCAAGAUCUCGCUCAGUCUAUGGAGUCCUGCCAGAGAGAGUGGUGCUCCUUCAUUGGCGAGAUGCGCUGCAGCUUCAGCCUGCUGAACCUCUACACCUCAGAGCAGCUGGUGUACCUGAGUCAGUGGGUUUACAAAGUGUGUCAGCGGCGGGCGCCCGCUCCACAGCAGCUGUGGCACCUGCUGUUCCCGGUAAGACCUCGGUGCUCGCUAACGGAUGUUAGAGCUGCUUACACGAGCGCCGUGAGCCGAACGUCAGAGGCUGACGAAGUAGAAGGUGUUGACUCUGAGGAGGAAGAUGACGUUUACGAACCUUCUGUGGACGCAACAUCUGCUAAGCCGAGGCACACGGUGGAGAACACGGACCAGGAUUUGAUGGAGUUUUCUUCUGAGGAGGAGGAGGAGGAAGAUGUUAAUCACGUCAGUGAUGAGAGUCUUGAAGGUCUGUGGAUGCAGUUCAUGCAGGACAUGUCUCAGUACCUCCAUGAGUCCCUGGACAUCCAGACUUUGGCCCACUUCCUCUCGUGUCUGUCUGAAACCAGUCAGCUCCACAUGAUCAGAAACCUUCCAUCGGUCCUCCAGGAGGGGAAGCCAAAUCUUGUGCUUUGUUCAACGGCAGAGGUUUUCACCACAACUCUGUCCUUCUACAUGGAGAGUCCGGAGCAGCCGCUGCCGUCUUCUGACGAGGUUCUGGUGUGCAGAGAGGAAACCACCAAAGAGGAGGUGGAGAUCUUUCUACGCCGCGCUCUCUUCCAAGGUUCCAGACAAAACUGGCAGAAGAUCUACUCUCUGGUUAACCCCGGUCUGCUGGGGUAUGAUGUCAGCGAAGCGUUAAUGGAGCUCUACGAGGGACUGGAGAGAAGCGCGAGCCCACGUUAUCGUUUGGUGAUCGUCAGUCCCAUUGUGCACCAGCACAGGUGUGUGCCGUCGUACUUUAGCAGCAACAAAGUGCAGGCUGGCGUGAGUUUAACCGCAGGCAGUGCCAGGAAGUAUCUGCAUCACCACUUCACCCUGAAGUCACCAAACCAAGUUGCUCUGGUUUCCCCGGAGAAACUCUCGGUGUGGGCGGUGUCAUCAGCACGGCCUGCGGUCGGGAAGUCCCUUUAUGUGGAUCGUCUGUUUGAGAAGUUUCAGCAGAAAUCUCAAAGAGCAAACUACAUCAGGAUCCGACUGAUUGAACCGUGUGUUGACAUAGACUCUUUGAUCAAGAGUCUGUCAGAGAAACUGUCCCCUCUGAGAGAGCAGGACCCAGUUCUUUUUCACGUCGACACAUCAGGAGUUCGCUCAGGUCUGGAGGAGCUCCUUUUCCAUCUCUUGGUUCUGGGCUGUUUGAGUGACGGCCAUGGAAACCUAUGGAGACGGAAUGAAGCUCAUCUGAUAACCGUGGAAGUCCUAAAAACAAACCAAUUUCUUCUAAACAGGCCAAGAGAGACAAGACUUGGACUUCUUGACAUUCUGCCCACCAUUCAUUGUAAACCUCCCAGAGAGGUGAAGCAGCUGUUGGCCAGUCAAAAGUUCUCAACAAAGAAGAGCUUUGAUCCACUCAUGGAUGAACAGGAGUUCUGCAGCGAGGGGAUUCAGAGACCCUACCAGUAUCUAAAGCUCUACAACCAGAAUAAAGAUCUGGAUCAUUUUAACUACAAGGAAGGGUCCAGAGUUGGAGAUCCCGGUGAUUGUCUUUAUCACUUUCUGUUGUAUUGUGGCAUGGACGAUCCAUCUUGGGGUGAGCUGAAGAACUUCUCCUGGUUCCUCAAUGUGCAGCUAAAAGAUUGUGAGAACUCAGUUUUCUGUGAUCCAGACUUUCUUGCCGGUCAGCUUCCUGGUUUUAAGGGUUUCAUUGUGAAGUUCAUGAUUCGCAUGGCAAGAGAUUUUGCUUCUCCCUCCCUGAACACAUCUGACCAAAGUCCCAUGCUGCACAUCAAAAGCAGUUCAGAAGAUGACCUUGUCACUCGUCUGACACUUCGUAAGCGCUGGGAAAAUGAGUCCCACCCAUACAUUUUCUUUAACGCAGACCACUCCUCAAUGUCUUUCCUUGGCUUUAAUGUGCAGAUAUGUCAAAGGACAAAUACACUCAGUGCAGUUGACCCUCACAGCGGCAAGGUUCUGAUAGAGCACGUAAUGACACAAGAACUUUUUCAAGGUUUGCAGCGACAAAGGAUUUCCCUCACCGAGGACUUCGAUCAGUUGCCGCGACCAGACAAAAUCAAAAGGAUUUCUUGUGUUGUUGGUGCAAGGAAAGGAAUUAUGGAUAGGGGAUUUGAUCCAGAUCCAACUUACGAGCUCACCACUGACAAUGUGAUGAAGAUGCUGGCCAUACACAUGAGGUUCAGGUGUGGAAUUCCAGUUGUUAUCAUGGGUGAGACGGGAUGUGGCAAAACCAGAUUGGUUCGUUUCCUGUGCACUCUGCAGAGGGAGGAAAAACCAGUAGACAACAUGGCUCUUGUCAAGGUUCAUGGUGGAACCACAGCAGAAAUGAUCUACAGAAAGGUGCAGGAAGCUGAGGUGCUUGCUCAAAUGAACAUGCAAAGACACAAGUUAGACACUGUUCUGUUUUUUGAUGAAGCCAACACCACAGAGGCCAUUUUUGCCAUCAAAGAAAUUCUGUGUGAUCAGACAGUGAAAGGAGAACCUCUGAAGUUGCUCAGUGGCUUGAAAAUAAUAGCUGCCUGCAAUCCUUACAGGAAGCACUCUCCUGAAAUGGUGGAACGUUUGGAACGUGCAGGAUUGGGAUACCGAGUGAAAGCAGAUGAAACAAAAGAUUGCCUGGGCAAAGUACCGUUGAGGCAGCUUGUGUACAGAGUUCACCCUUUACCUCCAAGCAUGGUCUCUUUGGUGUGGGACUUUGGCCAGCUGAGCAACUUAACUGAGCUUUCUUACAUCAGACAGAUUGUCCAAAGGAAAGUAGCUGAUUAUCAUCUGCCAGCAGCUUGCACAAACAUCAUUGCAAAUGUGCUGGCUGCCUCACAGAAAUAUAUGAGGAGUCGAAAAAACGAGUGCAGUUUUGUAAGUCUUCGAGAUGUAGAGAGGUCUAUGAAAGUGCUGAUUUGGUUUUACCAGCACAGCAAAAACAUUUUAAACAACUACGCUCACCUUGAAGAAAAUCACAAGACCCUGAAGUGCUUGAUUCUUGCUGCUGGAGUGUGCUAUUACCCAUCUCUUGUGACCAAAGAAGAGUACCUGGAAGAAAUUUGUUCCUACUUUCCAAUGCCAAUGAAUUCUGCAGCCACAUUGCAGGAAGAGAUUUCAUCUUGUCAAGACCUCUUCCUCCAGAACAUCCAGACAAGGGAGACCAUUGCCAAAAACAUUGCCCUUAAAGAAAAUGUUUUUCUCAUGGUGGUGUGCAUAGAACUAAGGAUCCCACUCUUUCUAGUUGGAAAACCAGGCAGCUCCAAGUCUCUUGCUAAAACUGUUGUAGCAGAUGCCAUGCAGGGCCAGAACUCUCACUGUGAACUGUUCAGGAGACUCAAACAGGUCCAUAUGGUCUCCUUCCAGUGCAGCCCUCACUCAAGUCCAGAGGGUAUCAUUGGUACAUUCAAGAACUGUGCUCGCUUCCAGAAGGACAAAAACAUGGAUGAGUAUGUGUCAGUGGUGGUUCUUGAUGAGAUAGGACUUGCAGAAGAUUCUCCACAGAUGCCAUUAAAGACCCUUCAUCCUCUCUUGGAGGAUGGCUGUAUUGAUGACAAACCACAUCUGCACAUGAAGGUUGGGUUUGUUGGCAUCUCCAACUGGGCUCUUGACCCUGCAAAAAUGAACAGGGGGAUCUUUGUCUCCAGAUGGGAUCCAAGUGAGGAUGAACUUGUGGAGACUGCCAAAGGAAUUUGCUCAUCUUCCAAACAGAUUCUCCUGAAAAUCAAACACCUUUUUCCAUCUCUGGCAAAGGCUUUCCUGAACAUCUGUAGUGAGACCUCAAAGAAUCAGUUCUUUGGUCUAAGAGAUUAUUACAGCCUUGUCAAAAUGCUCUUUGCUGCAGUCAAAUCCACCCAACAAGAACCAGAUGGAGAACAGCUGGUGGAGGCCAUCUUACGUAACUUUAGUGGACAGCCAGAGCAUUUUAACCCUGUCAUAUUUUUUCAAGAAGUUCUCCAAGAUCUCACAGAAUUUCCCAGACCAAGGACCCUACAAAUGGUGAAAAAGAAUCUUGAUCAUGGCACCAGUGAGGAGAGCCGUUACCUUCUGUUACUGACCACCAACAAUGCAGCACUCCAUAUUCUUCAACAACAAGUCUUUACCAAAGGAGACUAUCUGCCACCUGAAAUCAUCUUUGGCUCAGGGUUCCCAAAGGACCAAGAGUAUGCCCAGAUCUGCCGGAAUGUAAACCGUGUGAAAACGUGUAUGGAGACAGGGCGUACCGUCAUCCUCCUCAACAUGCAGAAUCUUUAUGAAAGCCUGUACGAUGCCUUGAACCAAUACUAUGUCUACCUCAGUAAGCAGCAGUAUGUUGAUCUGGGUCUGGGCUCCCACAGGGUCAAGUGUCGUGUUCAUACAAACUUCAGACUGGUGGUGGUAGAAGACCAGCAGAAGGUCUAUGAACACUUUCCUGUGCCACUCAUCAACAGGUUGGAAAAACACAUAGUGGAUCGGAGCACUGACCUGGAAUUGUGGCAGCACAGGGUUUUGGAAAAACUGAGAGAAUGGACGAAGGAGUUCUCCGGAGAAGCCAACAAGGAUUUCAAGCUGUCAGACAUUUUUAUCGGCUUCCACAGCGAUGCCUGUGCAAGUGCUCUACUGCAAGCACUGGAGAGAAGAGCACAAAAAGUUGGACAGGGUGAAGAACAGAACAAAACAAAAACGCCUGAGGCAGACAAAGAAGAACCGGCUACUGAGAUGGAAGACCAUGAGUUUGUUGAUGCAAUGGACACCGAGCAAGAAAAUGGGUCAGAGGAAAUAAACAAUGAUGAAACCAGUGAGGUUAAUGAUGUCAACAAAGAAUUUUUGGAAACAGAAGAAAUGAUGGACAUGGAAAACAAAGAAAAUGACGAAGAAGAAGUUUUCAAUUUGGCUACAGGUUUAUUGUUAAACUGUGCCACCCCCGAUGCUGUGGUGAGGCUGAAAUACUCAGAUUUGUCCAACCAGGAGAAAGAGAAACUCCUGAGAUUGUACUUCCAGCAUCAGCAUCACCACUCACUCAGAGAUUUUCUGGGAGACUGUUUGAGCAAACAUCAGGAGUCCAGUAGGUUUCUGGAGAUCACCACUUUCUCCAGCUUGUUAACCAGAUCAGAUGUGAGGGUUUUAUCUCAUGCUCUGGGUCUGCAUACAGACCGAAUCCUUCUGCUGUCACUCCACCAGUUUGACACUGAAGUUUCCUUCUGCAAUAAAAUACGGGCCUUCCUCCAAAGUUCGGACCACUCUCUUCACAUUCUGUUCGUCCAGAUGGACCUGGAGGAAUCGCAGUGCUGCGACGAGCUCAUCGCGUCAGCAAAGUACGGCACCAUGAAUUACAUGACGUCAUGGGAGGAUCAGCACUGCUGGGUGAUUUUUAUUGUGAAGGUUUCAAGGAUUCAAAGUCAGUCCCAGUACAUCGGUUUCCAGGGAGGCGUCUGGCAUUCGGUGCACAUCGAUGACCUGAGGGACUCGGAGGACAUGAGUCUGAAUCUGUCGGUUUUCUGUGGGACUCUCAUCAGCAGCCUGCUCAGUCCUGCACAUCCUGGAAGUCAGAAAAGCAGUGAAGCGGUGAUGUCAGACGACUCAGAAGACAGUAGUGUCGAGCCAGCCCACCUUCACAGUUUGUCUUUAGUGAGGUCGUGCGUUCAGAAAGCCGUGGGGUUACUGAGGGACCCCGACACCGUGGCAUCACGAGGCAUGCAGCGAAUGAACGUCCUCCUGACGCUUCUGGGCAAUGGUCAAAAUCCGACUGCAGCUCGUUUUCAGAGAACGUUGUUGAGCCGACUGGCGGAGACACUGGCUCAGAGGGAAGAGAUGAUGGGAGCUCCCAAAGAGUGGGUGAACAUGGAGGCCAAGAAACGCCAGGCUCUACAGGAGGGGGGCACUCUGAGACGCACCCUGUGGCGCUGUCUUCAGUCCACCGUGACGCCGAUCUUAGCCAGCAUGUUGGAGGUCCUGGACAGGUACUCGAACCUGGACCUGGUGUCGGACGACAGACUGAGCCAGGGGUUGAUCCAGCUGUGGAUGGACCUCCUGGCAGAUCCACAGAUUUUACACCUGACACCUCCCAGAAACCCCAGUGGGUCCGAUCAGGAGGUUCUGGUCCAACAUUACUUCAUGUUGGAUGGUGAACAGCAGCCGUGCUCGGCUCCGUUCAGCUGGAUCAUCAGAGUCUACCUGGAGAGCCUGUGGGAGGAAUCUGAAUUCAUGCCAGUAACCAAAGAGGGCGGCGCAGAGAGGAUCCUUCAGCUUGUGAGCACCUUCAGCAGCAGCCGGCUGGGCGGGUACUUCCAGCGUCUCUCAGAGGAGGACCGAAGGGAGAUCGGCCUUCUGUUCCUGCACGACUUCCUGCUGCUGUCUUUGAACAUUAAGACCAAAGAUGAGCUCGAGGUGUUCACCGGAGCCACGCGGGGCUGUGUGUCUGAGCUUCAGGCCUCCGUGGGCGUCACCUCUGAUCUUUCUCCUGCCUGGAUGAUGGCAGCAGUGAAACACUUUGCAGCCAGACUUGACGCGCUCAGCCACAUGUUCCUCCUGCAGCCCCAGCUCGCAGCUGAAGUUCUUCAGCGCGGGUCCAAGAGGAGCGAGCAGCAGGGAAUGGUGGAGGACAUUUUAGCUCUUGGAGUCUGUGUGGAGCAGACCAAACAUCAGACGGUGACUUCGCUCCACGAGUGUGAGUCGUUUGUGAGCAGAGUGGAGCUCCUGCAGCCGUGUCUGGACCGAGCGUUCAGCCAGAAGUACGGCGCUCUCUGCAGUGCUGCCUGUUUGCUGCGCCUGGACUCCAUCAGGUCUUUGUGGCACGGGAUGCUCGUCGUUGCAUGUUUCAUCCAGAACAUCAUUUUUAAAGUUAACCAAGACGACUCAAAAGUAAAAGACGUGGCUCUGAAGCACUGCAACCUUCAUCUGAACCUCAUGCAGGAGUCACCUGAUAUCAGAAGUGUGAAGACGCUGCAGCAGCUGAUCCGAAUCCUCAACUCCUUCCACGACGAGUGCAUGAGCCGCGACCUCAGGUUCGGUGUUUCGUGCCCAGUGUGUCUGCUGGAGCUCAGCGAGCCGUCGGCUCUGCCCUGUCAGCACGUCGUGUGCCUGCCGUGUCUUCAGGGCUGCGUUCAGCAGAACCGCCGCUUCUGCCCGAAAUGUCGCAAAGAGUUACCAAGUGACUUCACGCCGUCUGUUUCUCACAGCGUCAAGGCAGCCCUGAAGCAGCAGGCGGCCCUCAGGAGCUGCUGUAACUCCUUCUUCCUGGAGGUGGUGUCCAGGUUCUGUCUGUCCAAGGAGCAGAGGCCCGAGGACGGCGUGGUGGAGCUGCUCUUCUCCUUACUCGUUUCCGCCAACGGAGACGUUUACCGCACCAGAGAGCUCACCCCCUUCCUGGAGUGUGUGGACAACAGUCCGGUGGUCCGGUCGGUGCUGCCCAAGCUGCUGCUGCAGCACAGUUUUGAUCAGGUGAAGACCCACAUUCAGAACUACCUGAAGAACCUGGAGGAGAACCUUCUUGGCAGAGAAGACCAAACAGAACUCUACCUGCUGUUCGUCCGCUGCUUCCAGGAUUCUCUGUUGUGCUCAAAAGCCAGAGAAGAUGGAGGUGGAGAGCAUCGAGCAGAAACCAGGUUUCUGAGCAGAAUUGCCAGGAAACGGACCCCAUGCAGGCAGGAAGACCCGGCAGAGUUCCUGCUCAACAUCGCCAGACUCCGAGUCUGUCUGAGCUCUGCUGCCAAGCUGCUGGAGGGAGCCGCACUUCAGCAGGUGGAGGCUGUCCAGUACCUGCAGCAGGUGAGGGGCGUCUGUGAGUACAGCGGCAACGACUGGCUCCGGGUUUACCUGCUGCGAGCCCUCCACAGGCGCUCCGGUAUGGACGUCAUACUGACCCUCAUGAACAGCCCGGCCUGGAGGUGGAUAUUUCCUGCAGAUCUGCUCCGACUUCAGAGGAUGUUGCCACAGAACUUGGACUACUUCCUUUGCUGUGGGACACCUUACAGAACCUUGAGAACCGCCUUGGCCCCGGUUCUUCUGGAGAACAGGUCCGACACCUUUAUGACAGAGCUGCAGAAGCUGAGAGGAUCUCAGGUCAGCCUGGUUCCUCUGGCCUUAUUCAGACAAGUCACCUGCCGCUUCAGGUCACCUGACGCCAGCUUACAUCCUUCCCAACAGGAGACAGCGAGGCUGGGAGCUCUUCUCAGAGACGUCAACUCGGAGGAGUUCAGGGAGUUCUGCUCGGCUCUCCUGUGCAAUCGGAUCGGUGGACCUGGCUCGCCUCUCCGCACCAGCUCGGAUCUGGCGCCUCUGAGGCAAACCCUCCUGGAGCUGCUGGUCCAUCUGGACUCUGUGCUCCUCUGUAGAACCCCUCUGCUGGCUCCCCUCUAUCAGAUCGCCUUCCAGCCUGAGAACGUCACAGAUUCGUACCUUCCAACGAUGCCCGACGAUCACACGAGUGAGGGCCUGCAGUGGCUGAGCAGAGAGGGGAAGCUCAAAGAGUACACCUGCAUCAAUGGGCAUGUGUGCUUUGUCGGAGAGUGUGGACGACCGGUGGUUCGAUCGAAUUGUGUCGAAUGUGGAGCUCCAGUUGGAGGACAGGGACACGUCCCCGUGGAAGGGUUUAAUCCGCGGACUCAUCGCAGGGACCAGACUCGGACCGGGCACGUUCUGGGGGAGGCUAAUCGCAGGUCUGAAGCUCCUGAGCGGCAGCUGACGUCUGCUCAGACCGGCGUCCUGCGGCUGCUGACGCACCUCGCCAUGCUUCAAGGAGCGGCCAGAAACCAGAGGGGAGUCGGGGACAUGAUUCACCCGAGGACGUCUGAUGUCCUCAACUUCCUGUGGAACCACCUGGAGAAGGACCUGAAGGUUCUGGGGGAACGUCUGGGUCAGAACGUGGACAACACGGCAGUCACCGUUCAUUUGGUUCUGACGAGGUUCCCACCAGGUUCCCGCGGUGCGAGUCCGGAUCUGUCCUCCAAGCAGGGACGGCAGCAGUGGGAGACGCUUGUCUGCAGCUCUGCCAUCGACCCGGUCCUUCAGGAUUUGCAGAAGAAUCUUUCUGAAGCUCAGGAAAGAAUCUCCUCAGACGACGGUCUCCUUGGAAGCCCCCUGGUGACGCUCCUCUUCGGCGAUCCGGGCCCGAUGUUUUCUCUGCCCUCAAACUGCCCGACACAUCGCUCGUCCUUCUGGACUCUGCAGGAGAUGAUGACAGUGGAGCGCUUCGCGCAGCUGGUGGAGGAGACGCCGGGACGCCGCUCUUUCCCUCUGCUCCGCUUGUUCUUUAAGAAGAUAAACGGCGUGCGACAGCUUCAUAACCUUCCUGAGCUGGCUGCUCUGCAGUCGGACCUGCUCAGGGCGUUUCCCCUCAUGUCGGGCUCUGCUCCUCAGACCGUGGAGCAGAUGUUAAAGCAGAUACCUUCAGGGUGCCAGAGGAAGCUGCUGUCUGAGAGGGUGCUCAGAUUUAUGGAGGUGUGGAACGGCCUCCGAGCUGAGGUGGCGCACGGUGAGCCACAUCUGGGCGUCGAUGUGAACCUUUGUGAGACGGAGGUGAUGGCCGAGAGCUCAGGGGAGUACCUGACUCCGAGUCGACACGGUCCCGGUUCAUGUCUCCAGACUCUGGUGGACUUCCUGUUGGAGACUCACAACAGCCUGGUGAGGGAGGCCAGGAGGGUGAACCUCCACGAGGACAGAGGUCACAGCGUUCCUUUGGAGAGGAUUUCAGAGACCCAGCUGACUCUGUGCCACCCUGAGCGAGAGCUGCUGCCGCUCGUUUUGGCAAACUGUAACUACACGCUGCAGAAAGGCGGGGAGACGGACAGCAGCUACGACCUGCCCGCCAUCCAGACCCAGCUGGCCCGCCGCUUCCUGGCUGGAAAACCACUGAUCCAGGGGGACACUUCGAGGUACCUGAACCGACGCCUGCAGGACUUCUCUGUGGUUCUGACUGAAGUGAGAGGAAAGAUACUCCAGGAGGCGCCGAAGGGCUCGGUGAGCGGCGCCAUGAGAGCCGCGCUGCGCUCGUACACCGACGUGUGCGACGCCGUGUUCGUGGUCGAGAUCGGCCUUCGCUUCCUCGCAAAGACGGGCGGAGAUCCCGAGGACCGACUCUUGUCCUUUCUCACCGAGUCGCUCCAGAUGGGCCCGCAGAUCUCGAGCGCAGUGGCCAAGGGCCUCGGUGAGGUCCGACUGCGGCACAGCGUCUUCAGCUGGCAGCUCCUGCACUGCUGGAAAUCUGAACUUAUGCUGAACAGGAACCAAGACCCGUUUCAGAAGCUGCGCUCAGAGUUUCAGCAGAAGCUGACGGUUGAAGAGAAGAGAGCGCUGAAGGCUUUUCUCGCCGUCACAGAUGUUGACGUUUUUGCUCUGGAGCUGCAUGAAGUUCUGCUGCUGAAGACGAGCAGCUCUCUUCCUGACCAGAGCUACCAGCCACACUGGGACAUCAGGUCCACCUUAGAGGUCCAUUUGGAGCACAAAGACCUUCCUCCUCUGCUGGGGCUUGAAGAUUUGCCGGAGGAGAUCCUGCUGAGGAAAGGGGCAGAUGUGUGGAGGGCAGCUGUGGAGUUUAAAAGAAAAUAGAAUAU